AUGAAUCUGGAUGGAACUACAGAAGAGAUGCAGGAAGAGGGUGGGGAGAGCAAAGGGGGGGACGAUGUGGGGACGAAAGAGGGGGCAGAGGGGGAGGGAGAGGCUGUCAAUGGGGCGGACGAAGGGAGAGAGGAAGGCGGGAGAGUGAGGUUUGAUGUGAGGGAAGGGAGGGAUGGCGAGGUGGGUGAAGGGGCAGUGGCAGAGGAGGGAAAGGCAAACGAGUCUUUUCUUCGCAGAGCCCGCUCAACAACCCCUACCUCCCGCGAACGCAAAAAGUCCGCCGCUUUGCCUUCUGCUGCUUCUGCUGCUGGUAGCGGUGCUGGUGGGGAUGGUGGCGGCAGUGGUCGGCCAAAGGCAGGGGGGGCAAAGCGGAAGGGCAGUACAGGAGCGACAGCUGGAGCAGCAGGCGGAGCAGCAGCAGCAACAGCUGCAGCAGCGGCAGCAGCAGCAGCAGAGAAAGAGAAGCAGGCACGGAAGCCUGCAACGGGUAGGAGGCUCAGUUGGAGGCGCAUCACUGUGGGUAGCACAGGGCCCAUCACCCCUGGCAGCAGCAGCAGCAGCAACAGUGGCAUGGGUGGGACGACGGACGGUGGGUAUGGCAGCUUUGGUGGUGGUCUCAACGGUGGUGGUUUUUCCAGCAGCAGCUUUGAGCCAGGCGAACAGGAGGAACACAGGGAGCAAGAUACAACUGGUGAUAUUAGCCGUCCCAGCAUAUGUGAUAUCAUCUCCAAGGAAGGAGAGAAGGACGCAGAAGAGGAUGAAGAGGAAGUAGGGAGAGCUGCAUGUGACACGGCAGGGGAGGCGAUUUCUGAUAAGAGUGCUGUGGAGCAAGAGCUAAGGGAUUUGGAGCAGCAACUGGCGGCCCUGCAGCAGCAGCUGAUGGUGUUGGGUGCGAUGGAGUGUGGUGUUGAUGGUGAGGCGGCCAAGGGAGAGGGUGAGAGAGAGUUGGAGUGUGAGGGGAGUGAAGAGCGGGGAGCAGGGGGGGUUGAGGAAGGGGGCAUGGGGUGGAGAGAGAGCAGGCCGGGAGGGGGGGAGAAGGGAGACGAGGCUAGGGCAGGCGAAGCAGUGGAGGGAAGAGGAGAGGCUGAGGAGAGAAAGGAUGAAUUCUGCAAGGCAGGGGAGGAGGCCGCUGCUAUCAAAAGACGUGGUCAUGGUGCCUUCGAGAAAACUGGAGAAGAGGUGGAGGAUGGGGUGGGUGCAGUGGCGACGGGAAGUGAGGAGGAGGGCAGCAGCAGAGUGGAGGGCAGUGAUGGGAGGAGUGAGCAUGUGCAGGCACAAGCACCGUGCUUUGGGAGUUCGGACGAGUGUGUGAGGCAUGUGAUGGAUCGCGGUGGAGUGGGGUACGCAGUGGUGGCAGCAGGCAGUGGCGACAUCAUCACGUGCAACAACGCCUUCCUCUCCCUCCUCCGCCUCGCCUCGCCUGCCCCUCACUGGCUUUCCUCUCUUGAUCCCACCUCCAAGUCACAAUUUCUGGAUUGGCUCAAAUUGGCCACAGAUACCAAUCAAGUGCCCCCGCUCGUAGCAUGCCUGGCUAACCCAUCCUGCUGCUCCGACGGGUGCGCUGAUUUUGAAUCCUCAUACGCUUCUAACCCUGCUGCUGAAUCGACUCAGCUUACCGCUGGGGAGUCGAACGCAUCCUCUGCUCCGUCCCCUGCAGCAGGCUCAGCAGCAGCAGCGGCAGCAGCAGCAGCGGCAGCAGCAGCAGCAGCGGCAGCAGAAGCGGCAGCAGCAGUGCGCGUUUCCUUCAUCCACACUCCAUCUCUGUUGACCUGUGGUCGACCUGCCUCUGCUGCCGAUGCAGUGCCCUUGCACUCACGCUGUCGAGAGGUUGCCUUGAUCGUGUUUAACGGGUCUCUACAGCAAUGA